AUGGAGAACAAACUGAAACUGGUGGUCGUCGGAGACACUUUUACUGGCAAGACUAGGUGAGUCUCUUGAGUUUCAUUCGAUAACUGACAGGGCCGGGCACACAGCUCUUAAAUGCUUCAAGAACUAGUAGCUAUUAUAAAUUAGGACACUAACUUUACACUAUCACCAGGGUUCGUAUGACCCUCAAUAAACGUUUCAGUUCCUUUGGAUCAUCUGGGAAUGGAAGACUAACUGAGCGGUCUCUAACAUUCAAUUACGAUGCGCCAUUGCUAAACGUUAGGUUAGGAUACUUGGAAAGUGACCGCCAGGGCCCAUUUUGGUUGCAAAACUAGGUGAGAUCCUAAAAGUCCCGACCAAACAGCCCAGAUGAAACUAGAAUCUCUCCAAUGUAAAAUCGUAGACAACUUAUCUUUCUCCGCCGAAACAGUUAUGCCGGAUUUCCGAGUAAUUGCCUAAUCCUGCCAUUAAUUCGAUUCACGUCCUCUUCGCCAAGCGCACUUUCGCCAUUGCCUCUCGAGAAACCUGCUUGUUGUAUUGCAGCCUUCUGUUCGCCUACACGAAGAAGCAGUUUCUGGACAGCUACACGACGACCGUCUUCGACAAUUGGGCCGUCUCCGUGCAAAUCGAUCAGAAGAGCUACUCGGUGAACCUGUUCGAUACGGCCGGUCAGGUAUGCUGACCCACUUUUUUCAUCGUUAGCGGAUUCUGAUUUGAUGAGCAAACAUGGGGCACAAAACAAUUCAGGGCGAUUCAAUUCUAUUCUUGUUUGCUUUCAAUUAACCGCUCUACACCUUUUCCCAUUUUCUCUCCGUAUACUUUUGGGAUCAGAAAUUGAGAAAAAGGACUUGUGAUCGUUGCAACUUCCUCUUUUGCAGGGAAGCUACGAGAAGAUCCGAUGUCUGAGCUACCCGCACGCCAACGUCUUCUUAGUCUGCUUCUCGCUCGUCGACAAAAAGACGCUCGACUCGUGCAGAUCCACGUGGCUGCCCGAGAUCCGGAAGUACGCGGGCGAGAAUGUUCCUGUGAUGUUGGUCGGCACCAAGAAUGAUCUUCGGGAAAGCGCCGACCCGCAGAGCAUUGUGACAGACGACUACGCGAGGAAAGUGGCCAGUGAAGUGGGUUACAGUUUGUACAGUAACGACAGGAAAGCAUUUCAGAUUGGCUGUCACAAGUAUUUCUCGUGCUCGGCGCUCACCCACAAAGGUCUGAAACGUGUGUUCGACGAGAGUUUUCUCGCCGCCGUCGGAUUGAAAAUCGAAGAAGAAGCGCCGAAUCCGUGUUGUACAAUACUCUGA